AUGGCGACCGCAGCGUCUAACCACUACAACAUCCUCACCUCCAGCGCAUCCAUCGUGCACUCGGAGCCCGGCAGCAUGCAGCAAGCCACAGCGUACCGGGACGCGCAGAGCCUGUUGCAGAGCGACUAUCCUCUGCAGAGCAACAGCCACACGCUCAGCCACGCACACCAGUGGAUCACGGCGCUGUCCCACGGAGAGGGAGCCCCGUGGUCCUCCAGCCCGCUCGGCGCGGAGCAGGACAUCAAACCCGCGGUGCAGGGCGCCCGGGACGAGAUGCACAACUCCAGCAGCAACCUGCAGCACCAGUCGCGGCCACCCCACCUGGUGCACCAGACGCACGGGAACCACCACGACGGCCGGGCGUGGAGAACCACCACCGCGGCGCACAUACCGAGCAUGGCGACGACGAACGGCCAAAGCCUUAUUUACUCCCAGCCGGGCUUCAGCGUCAACGGGCUGAUCCCGGGCAGCGGGCAGGGGAUGCACCACCACAACCUAAGAGACAGUCAUGACGACCACCACAGCCCGCACCUCAGCGAACACGGCCACCCUCCGUCCCAGCAUCAGCACCAGCACCGGCCGCAGAGCCACCACGACCACUCGGACGAGGAUACGCCGACCUCGGACGACCUGGAGCAGUUCGCCAAGCAGUUCAAACAGCGGAGGAUCAAGCUGGGCUUUACGCAGGCGGACGUGGGACUCGCCCUGGGGACCCUGUACGGAAAUGUGUUUUCCCAAACCACCAUAUGCAGGUUUGAGGCCCUGCAGCUCAGCUUCAAAAACAUGUGCAAGCUGAAGCCUCUGUUGAACAAGUGGUUGGAGGAGGCGGACUCCACCUCGGGCAGCCCGACCAGCCUGGACAAAAUCGCGGCGCAAGGGAGGAAAAGGAAAAAACGGACUUCAAUCGAGGUAAGCGUAAAGGGAGCUUUGGAGAGCCAUUUUUUGAAGUGCCCUAAACCGGCAGCGUCGGAAAUAAUCAGCUUGGCGGACAGUCUGCACCUGGAGAAAGAAGUGGUGAGGGUUUGGUUUUGUAACAGGAGACAGAAGGAGAAACGCAUGACCCCUCCCGGAGCUCUGCCGGGGAGCGAGGAUGUGUACGGGGACACGCCGCCGCACCACGGGGUCCAGACCCCGGUCCAAUGA